AUGACAACGGCGUGCUUUCUGCUCGCUUCAGUGCUGAUAGUCGUGGCUAGGAGGUUUACGGAUCUGGAUAGCCAGACCAGGCCCACGCCUCUUCUUGCCUCCUCCAGGAGCGGGGCCAGCAUGAACCACUCCUCGGCCAGCGCGCAGCGUGAGGACGAGCGCGGGGACGCCCAUGGUCCGGCGGCGGAGGCGAUGACCGGGGCGCAGGUGGAGGCCGCGCUGAACCGCAAGAACGUCGAGGUGCUCCAGGGCGAGGAGGAGGAGCACCUCGCCACGGUGCUGCCGGACGACACCAUCGGCGAGGGCGCGCUGGACCUGGACGGCGGCGAGGACGCGUCGUGGGUGCCUGACCAGGGCACGGGCGUCUUCGUCCCCGCCGAUGCCAAUGCUGACGCUGACGACCACUGCGGCGGCGCUCAUCCCGCCACACCGCACCUGUACGGAGGCGCCACUCCGGGUGGGUCGACGGCGUCGGUGCUGGAGCUGGACCAGGCGGUGUUCGUGCGGGAGGAGGAGAUGGAGGACGUGGAGAGGCCCGCCAUGGACCUCACCGAUGCCAACGGCGGCAGCAACAACUAGGAUUACCUGGUGCAUCGAUCAGAGGCAGAGUGCAUGUACUAGUAGAGUUUCAGUAAGCUAGCAAAGUGUGUCUCUGUCAGACUCCGUGGUAGAAUCAAUAGUUAGAAUAAAUCCCAUGGACGCAUCUCGUGCUAGACUCCUUCACCUGCUUGCGUACUGAUCUACGGCAGUUGUGAUAAUUAGUUUGAUAUCAAUAAACAAGAUGAUAAAACAAAAGAAACCUUUUUGUUAGCUUUCA